CACAAUCGAGUUAAACUAACACACACAGUACACACUCCCCUAUAAACACAAACCUAACAAUAUGGAAGUUAUGGUUUUUUGUGUCUCUCUCAGCUGCAUCUUAGCCGGACUCCUUUCCCUCCACCACUUAUUCUUCACCAAGAAGGACAAAUCUGCCGCCGCCGCCGCCACUGCCGCCAGUCUACUACCGCCAGGAAAAACGGGAUGGCCCUUGGUGGGGGAGAGCCUCCAUUUCCUCUGGGCGGGGUGGAAGGGCCACCCGGAGAAGUUCGUCUUGGACCGCAUGGCUAAGUACUCAUCCAGUGUUUUCCGAACCCACCUCGUGGGCGAGAAAGCCGCAGUUUUUUGCGGCGCGAGCGGCAACAAAUUCUUGUUCUCGAACGAGAACAAGCUCGUCAGGGUGUGGUUCCCUAGUGGCAUCGACAGAAUAUUCCCUUCUUCAACCCGAUCUUCUUCCGAAGAAGAGGCCGUUAAACUGAGAAGAAUGCUCCACAAUUUCUUGAAAACCGAAGCCCUUCGACGCUACAUCGGUAAAAUGGACCAUAUGGCCCAGACACUCUUUGUAGAGGGAUGGGAGAACAAGACAGAAGUCGUCGUCUUGCCUCUCGCGAAAGACUUCACCUUCCGAUUAGCAUGCAAGCUUUUCGCGAGCGUCGAAGAUCCUCAACAAGUUGAUAGGCUAUCGAAGCCUUUCAAUCUCUUGGCGUCGAGUUUGUUUGCCAUCCCGAUUGACUUGCCGGGGACACCGUUCAAUAAGGGGAUUAAGGCCUCCAAGAUUGUCAGACAAGAGCUUGUUUCCAUCAUCAAACAACGCAGAAUCGAUCUGGCCGAUGGGAAAGCUUCGCCCACGCAGGAUAUUCUAUCCCACAUGCUUCUCACAAGCGAUGAAGAUGGCGAAUUCAUGCAAGAAUUCGAUAUUGCUGAUAAAAUCUUGGGCUUGCUGAUUGGAGGCCGUGAUAGUGCGAGUGUCGCUUGCACUUUCAUUGUGAAAUACCUUGCCGAGCUUCCACAUAUCUACGACGGAGUGUACAACGAACAGAUGGACAUUUUGAAAUCAAAAUCUCCGGGCGAUUCGCUCAACUGGGAAGACCUGCAAAAGAUGAAAUAUUCCUGGAGCGUUGCUUGUGAAGUAAUGCGACUUGCAACACCGGUCACUGGAACUUUCCGAGAAGCCAUUGCUGAUUUUUCAUACAAGGGUUACUCUAUCCCAAAGGGAUUCAAGCUAUACUGGAGCGCCACUGCAACGCACAAAAACCCUGAAAUAUUUCCCGAACCGGAGAAGUUCGAUCCGUCGAGAUUUCAAGGAGCCGGGCCCGCACCGUACACAUUUGUUCCGUUCGGCGGAGGGCCGAGAAUGUGUCCCGGACUAGAGUAUGCACGAUUCGAGAUCCUGGUGUUCAUGCACCAUCUUGUGAAGAGAUUCAAGUUUGCGAAAAUGAUUCCUAAUGAUGGUGAAUUUGUUGUGGAUCCAAUGCCGAUUCCUGCCAAGGGUCUUCCUAUUCGCCUCUUCCCUCACCCAAAAUAAACCUUAUCACCUUAAUAAUGGAAUAAUUUCGUAUUUUCUAAAUUUGUUCAUGAUUUCACUAGAGAAAACACAGAAAGGGAAAUCUAAAAUUAAUUAUAAAGUAUUAUAAUAUAUCAAAUGUUUUCUUAUGGACUAAGUAUCAAAGAUUUAUAAUACGUGGCGUCAUCUCCUUUAUAUAUAUCCUCUUAAUGCAUGACUAUGCAUAUACAAAUUCAUGUAUAUAUAUAUACGUAUGUAAUUUGUAAUGAGAAUAAUAUAAAACAGUUCUCUUCAGUGCUUAUAAAUUCUUCUCUCCUCGGUUUCA